UUCUACUCUCCUUAAUAAACGCUAAAGCAGCACACUCUUUUCUGUCUGUUGUUUUGUCUCUCAUUUUCAAAGUACCCGUUCACACAUAAUUAGCAUCUCUUCAAAAAAUUGAAGUAGAUUUAUGUUCUUAUUCAUUGUUAUGCAGCAUAUCCUUUUGUGCUUUUUUUUCUCCUUUUUUACUAAAAUUUUGGUUGGUGAGAUGACUUGUUGCCCCAGCUGGUGAGCUGCCGUGUUCAGACUUCCUCUUUACAGUUGAACACUGUUCAUCAAAAUUCCAAGCAUUUUGAGGUCUUUUGGGGGCACUGGACUAAUGGGUUUCUCUUAAAAUUCGUUAAGAAUUUUGAAGCUAAUUCAAGUUGAGUAGCCAUAUUUCUGCAUUUCCAUCCAAGAAAAUUAAAGGUGUUGUAGGUAGUCUUUGUUUUGCUUCAUCAUAUCUUCUUAUCUCUUUCUUCGGAUCUGGAUCUGUACUGUGGAAUUUACUGUGUUUCAAUUCUUUGAGAGCUAUGAAGUGUUUUAUAUUCCCCAGUUGGGAUAAAAAAGAUGAAUCAAAGACCCCCAAAUCAAUUUCAACUCGGUCUAUGAAUUCUAUAUUCACUGAUCGUGAAAUAGGGCGAUCUGGGUCUGAAUUAAACUCUCAGAAUGUCUCAGGAGUCAGCAAUGAGUCCAUGGGGAGGUCCUCUUUUCCUAGCAUGUCUCAGAGACCUAGCAAUCUAAGAGUGUUCACAGUUUCUGAACUUAAAUCUGCCACCAGGAACUUUAGCCGCUCUGUCGUGAUUGGAGAGGGUGGAUUUGGUUGUGUGUACAAGGGGUUUCUCAAGAGUCCUGAUGAUUCAUGUCAAAAGAUUGAAGUAGCAGUAAAACAGCUCGGUAAAAGGGGGUUGCAGGGGCACAAGGAGUGGGUGACAGAAGUGAAUGUCCUUGGGGUGGUUGAGCAUCCAAAUCUUGUAAAGCUACUGGGCUACUGUGCUGAAGAUGAUGAAAGAGGUAUCCAAAGGCUUUUGAUAUAUGAGUAUAUGCCCAAUGGAAGUGUGGAAAACUAUUUAUCUGUUCGGUCAGAGUCAACUCUUUCCUGGGAAAUGAGAUUGAAAAUAGCCCAAGAUGCUGCUCGUGGCUUAGCAUACCUACAUGAAGGAAUGGAUUUCCAGAUCAUCUUCAGGGAUUUUAAGUCUUCUAAUAUCCUUCUGGAUGAGCAAUGGAAUGCCAAGCUAUCAGACUUUGGAUUAGCCAGAUUGGGCCCGUCAGAAGGAUUAACUCAUGUCUCAACAGCGGUCGUUGGAACAAUGGGAUAUGCUGCUCCUGAAUACAUCCAGACCGGACGUCUCACAUCCAAGAUUGAUGUGUGGAGCUAUGGGGUCUUCCUCUACGAACUCAUUACUGGUAGGCGCCCUUUAGACAAAAACCGCCCAAAGAAUGAGCAAAAGCUCUUGGAAUGGGUAAAGCCAUACCUAUCUGAUGCGAAGAAAUUCCAGUUUAUAUUGGACCCAAGACUGAAAGGUAAAUGCCAACUCAAGUCUGCCCAAAGGCUUGCAAUUGUGGCCAACCGAUGCUUAGUCAGAAAUCCAAAGUCACGCCCUAAGAUGAGUGAGGUGUUAGAAAUGGUGAAUCGGGUUGUAGAGGCAUCAGCAGGAUCGGGAAGUCCUGAACCACUAUUGAAGACUUUGCCAUCUGUGGAAACCUCCAGGGAAGCUGGAAGAAAACAUAAAAGAAGGAUUAUAGAUUUCAGAAGUGGUGAAAAGUUUGUGUGGCCGUGGACUCCAAAGAUUGUAAGAACAUGUUAACAGCAGUGACGUCAAGGUUUAAGCGAACCAGACCUGCAGCCAUCUCAGGUGGUUAGAUAUAACUCGAACAAACCUCACAGAGCUUUGAAGGGUUUUUAGCAUGAUCUUGACUGAGCAAUGCAAUCAAAUUUCCCACACAAAUUAUACAUAGGGAAUAUUGUCAUGAAAUUUUCUCCUUUGUCAAUAUGUAUAAAGCUACUCUCUGAUCAUAGAUGUGAAAACCUUCAGAUACUGCAACUUCUGAUGGGAACCAUUGAACAUUCUCAUUUUGGUAACAAGAGGCUAUUAAUGGUGCUCAGAGGAAGAUGCUUAUAGAUGUAGAAUUUGGGUGUUGUACCUGAAAAUGGAUUGAGUGGUUCUUUUUA